AAUGCCUUUUGUCGAGAACCGUCCCCUGUAUCAUUAUUGAAUCAUUACCACCUACAUUCCAACUACAGCCGACCCUGGACCGGCGGUAGCCUUCCAUGGGACACGUGCCUGGCUCCCUGCGUGUGCAAACGGCUGCCUGAUUCUGUUUCCUCCCCGUCACUGCCAGCCACGAGGCUAUGCCUGUCAGACUACAGCGGAGGCUCCUAGAUUCUCUACCUGCCUGUGGACCCAUCUCGAAGCAUUACAUACCAUACUUUGCCCACCGUCACAAACCAGGCGGCCCUUCUCACUGCUACAGCCUGCUCAACAUCCUCGCUGACUCGACGUGAUAUCCACAAUACACUACAAUACUGGACAUUUGCCGCGAAACAGUUGACGGCCUUCGGCCUGCCGCAUCAACAUGGACGACCUCUCAUUCUUGGACAUGUCUGACCAGGGCAACGCAACCCUCAAAGCUGUGCUUGCGGGCGGAGAGGUUCGUCUGAUUUCGUGUCGUAUCUGCCCAUACAUGUUCCUCGACAGAUGCCCGUUGCUGUACCACGCAUUCGAAUACGGCUUCAAUGGUUGUCUUCAGGCCAGCAUCGAGGUUCCAUCUGCAAAUGGACUUAUCUCGCUACUCCGCUACUGCUACACCGGUAGCUACCUCCCAUCCACUGCGGAUGGCGAACCUCCCUUGUUGCUUCCACAUGUCGAGGUUUACAAAAUGGCCAAAGACUUUGAUAUUCCCGAACUGCAGCUCCUCGCCCACGGCAACUUCACCUGCCAAAUCGAAUUUGCAUGCUGUGUACCCGUCCCGCCACAAGAUCUGCUCGAAACCAUUCGUUUCGUAUACCAGAACUACUACAGCAACCUGGCGCGCCAAAAGCACGACCUUGUUGGUACGCUCCUUAACUACAUCAUCUCAAGGUUCAUGGAUUACAACCUAGGGGAGGAUGCGGACUUCAUCAAGCUCGCGACCGACAUCCCAGAGUUCUGUCAAGACCUCUGUUCAACAAACAUGGAGCGCAAUUUUGAAGACGAUUGUGCCUUCCAAAUCAUACGGUUGUGUCUCGACACUCUAUGCGUCCAACCCUGCACCCGACCCAUUCCUACUACCUCAAAAGACCUGUUGUCAGAGGCCAUUUGUGAGGAAGAUAUCAUAAUUUCGGAUGAGCCAGAAAGUGAGAACAUGUCCAUUGUUGUUCCUGCUCUUACGUACGGAACAAACAAAAGGGAGAAUGCGGGGAACACGACAGACUCCUCUACCACCACUCUUGUCCAUCGACCCAAGAUUGCACAACUGGAUGUGAUGGAAGGUGUCGAGGCCUUGUCUUCCGAUGAGGAUGAUGGUUACUCGGUGGUAUCAUUGUCCGGUUUACAUACUCCUACUACUUCCGACGAGCUAAUGUCCAGCCCGGAGUUGGUUCCUACACCCGUUGUCGACAUUCUGGCCGCCACCGGCACUGACUAUACAUCUGAUGAUGAAUGGACCAUAGCCCAAUAGCAUGUUGCUGUCGCUCGCCCUACCAGAAUUAAGGGCCACUGUUCAUAACAAAAAUAUUUGCGGUUUCCGCUUGGACUGAUAUACGUGUUGUAGGAGUUACGAAGAAUAACAAAAGGCAAAAACAGGCGUACUUAUGAAACGAUUUGAUUAGAUUUAACUUCUGGCAUAUGCAACACUAGGGCUUGGGUUUGGGCGUGUCACUCAUGUCACUGGGCAGCGAGGCCUGGACUACAUAAUCUAAAACUUUGGGUGACGUAACGUGAUCUAUUGAAGACAUGGCGAGAUGGUUAUUGUAUAGAGUAGCUCCAGCUUUAACAAUACAUAACAUGAUCAUCUUUCA